CGGGGCGUCAGGCUGCACGCGGGCUGUUCCGCGCUCGUGGGUUCGUCCCGGUGCCCGCCCUGGAGGCGCAGAGGGCCUGCGGCCAGGCGAUCUCUGGCUGCAGAUGCGGCAGGCAGCACGUGAUUUUCGGACUCGGGAGACUCGCACUUGUAUCUGCACGAUGAGCUGAGGGGCCAGAGCGACCAGUGUUCCGGGAGUCCGCGCACGGAUUCACUCGUGCGAAAGGCUGCCUUCAGGGGACGACCAGCGCAGGGCGGGAAGGGCCGCGGGCUAGCACCAGCACGUUGGCCGGCCGCUGCUUACUCUGCCCUCGGUCUGCGACCCAGGUGUUGAGGACGAGGCCGCCGCGAGGCGAGCUGCUGGCCGCUCACCUUCCUCGAUCCUACGGCUGGAGAAAAUGCCGUCCACCGAGUCGCGGGUCAGAGGCGCCUUUCUCUUUUGGCUCCUCGGAGGUGCCGUAGGGGUUUUUCGGUGCGUCCCUAGCAACCGUUUGCGCGGGCGCCGCCGUUCUGGCUCGCUGAGUUCCGCCCACAGGCAACCGUGGUUGGCCCGUGGCAUCUGUCAAUCGAUACGACUCGCUCUGGUAUUGGCCGGUGGGCUAGAAGCGCGGUCGGCUCUCAGCUCUGCGAAGGGCCUUUGGCGGUGUGAUCCUCGUCGACCCAGGUGAGAAUUAUUAGAGGAGGGAGCUUAGUGCCUGUCCCACCUGCUACCAUGGAAGCCAGAGGCUUGCUGGCCUUCGAUGAUGACCGGAGAUGCCUGUCUGGGAGCCUACCUGUGCCAGUGCCCGCUGAGGGCCCAGCUGCAGAGGCUGCCUCUGGGUCCAGCAAGCCAUUCUCCUCAGCCCACAGACACCUGAGCAGGAAGAACGGGCUUUCUAAGCUCUGCCAGAGCAGAAUAGCGCUUUCUGAAGACAGAUGGAGCUCCUACUGCCUCUCAUCACUGGCUGCUCAGAACAUCUGCACGAGCAAGCUGCGCUGCCCUAUGGCGCCUGAGCUCGUGGAUGCCGCUGGGUCCCUGGGCAGUGCGUCCUGCUGCUCCCUGCUGCGUGCCUUGUCUGCCGGGGGCACUGCACCCCCGUUCCCAGCCCCCGUGUGCAACCCUAACAAGGCUGUCUUCACUGUGGACGCCAAGACCACAGAGAUCCUGGUUGCUAAUGACAAAGCUUGCAGUCUCCUGGGGUACAGCAGCCAGGACCUGAUUGGCCAAAAGCUGGCACAGUUCUUCCUGAAGUCGGACUCCGCUGUGGUGGAAGCCCUCAGCCAGGAGCAUGUGGAGGCGGAUGGCCACGCCGCCGUAGUGUUCAGCACAGUGGUGGACAUCGUCAGCCGCAGUGGGGAGAAGAUUCCAGUCUCUGUGUGGAUGAAGAGAGUGCGGCAGGAGCGUGGCCUGUGCUGUGUGGUGGUCCUGGAGCCUGUGGAGAGGGUCUCAGCCUGGGUUGCCUUCCACAGUGACGGAACCAUCACGGCCUGUGACAGCCUCUUCGCUCAUCUCCAUGGGUUUGCCUCGGGUGAGGAUGUGGUUGGACAGCAUCUCCCAGACCUCAUUCCAUCUGUGCAGCUACCUCCUCCUGGCCAGCCUGUGCCAAAGAGUCUGAAGAUCCAGAGGUCUGUUGGCAGAGCCAGGGAUGGCACCACCUUCCCUCUGAGCCUAAAGCUGAAGGCCAAGCCCAGUGACCCGGAGGUGGCCAGCAGCAAGGAGGCCCCCGAGCUGGACUACUGGGCAUCAGUCUGGGUGUUCUGCACCAUCAGUGGGCUUGUGACCCUUCUGCCGGAUGGCACCAUCUACGGCAUCAACCACAGCUUUGCGCUGAUGCUGUUUGGUUAUGGAAGGACAGAGCUCCUGGGCAAGAAUAUCACUUUCCUGAUUCCUGGUUUCUACCACUACAUGGACCUUGCCUGUGACAGUUCUUCACAGCUGCCAGACCUGGCCGACUGCCUGGACAUCCACAGUGAGAGCAGGCCUGGGCAGAUGAGCUGGGACCCCGGCAGCGGAGCCCAGGAUCUGAAGGUGAACGUGGUACGUGCUGGUGACCGCCUGCUGCCACCAGAUGAGACCCUGAAGCUGGCAAGAAGCCAAGACAUCUCCCCUGCUCAGACACAGCAGGAAGUAGGAGCCUGGCUCCCUUCCUCCUCGUCGGAGCCCUCACCGGGGGUAGACAGUGUCCCCGAGGGAAGCCCGCCCGCCCCCCACGGAGAACAGUCAUCAUCCACGGACCAGCAAAGUGUCCCUGAGGGAAGCCCUCCAGCCCACGGGGAACAUUUGUCACCUAUGGACCAGCAAAGUGUCCCCAAGGGAAGCCCUCUAGCCUAUGGGGAACAGUUGUCACCUAUGGACCAGCAAAGUGUCCCCGAGGGAAGCCCUCUAGCCCAUGGGGAACAGUUGUCACCCAGGGACCAGCAAAGUGUCACUGAGGAAAAUCCUUCAGCCUAUGGGGAACAGUUGUCACCUAUGGACCAGCAAAGUGUCCCCGAGGGAAGCCCACCAGCUCAUGGGGAACAGUUGUCAUCUAUGGACCAGCAAAGUGUCCCCGAGGGAAGCCCGCCAGCCCAUAGUGAACAGUCACUGCCUGAGAGCCAGCAGAGUACCUCAGAGGAAAGCUCCAUGACCCAUGGUGAGUCUUCGUUGCUCCAGGACCAGCAAGAUGCCCCAGAAGGGAGCCCAGCAGCCCAAGAUGACCAGUCACUGGUCACAGACCAGGAGUGUGCUGCCUUGGCAGCAACAGAGGACCCCAGGCAGGGUCCCCUGGAAGAAAGCAGGUCUGAACCAGUGGAUACAAAGUCCUGGGCUUUGUGUGAGGGUUCUGAGCCUGCAGGCCCUGCUGAGGACAGGGACAGUGGCCUGAGUCUGGAGGCCCAGCAGGAGCUGCUCGGUGUCCUCAGCCCUAGCCCUUGGACUGAUCCUGCCAGACUCCAGGCCCAAACUGCAGGACAGCUGGCAACGGGGGGCCUCCUGAUGCACUGCCCUCUCUAUAGUAGCGAGUGGGCCCUACGGCAGCUGGCUCCCAGCCCCUCAGGGAGGGCAAGAGUCUCCUUUGGGACGCCCACUCUGGAUGAGCCUUGGCUGGGGGCACAGGACAACCGAGAGGGGCUGCUGACUUGCUUGACAGAGGAGAGGCCGCCCAAGCUGAGCUGCACAGGGCCUCUGGGCCUCUCCCGCCAUGAGCAGGUCCCAGCAGAGCACCCGCCCUCUGCCCCAAUGUCCUUCUGCGAUCUUGGAGGCAGAGACCUUCACAGCAGCCACUUGGGCAGCUCCUCGGCCUGCUAUGCCUUGGCCACUGACCUUCCUGGUGUCCUAGAGGUGGUGGAGGCCCAGGAGGCCCAGGAGGCCGAUGUGAAUUCUUAUUCCUGGAACCUAAAGGAGCUCUUCCUCAGCGACUUGGCGGAACGAGCUUCACCCAGCUGCUCCUGUGCCACAUCUGAACUCAGUGAGACACCUUCUCCUGUGGUGGUGGACUCUGAUGAGGAUGUGGGCCAUCUCCAUAGGCAGAGAUCAGAUAUCCUGGGGGACAGGGAACUGUUGCUAUUGGCUGGCACCUACUUUGACCCUGGUGAUGGCCUGCAGUUCCAGGAAAGCCAUCUAGGACACGAUCAGACAGAACCCUCUGAGAUUUGUUUGGUGUCCUCUGAACAUCACAAAGCACAUGACAUGGAGAGCCCGGACUACAUCCUUCCCACACUGGAUGUGAGCCCUGAGCAUACGUGCCCGUCAGCAGAGGACCCAAGGCUAAGCGCUCAGGUCACUUCCACACCUGUGGCACCCAGGGCUACCAGCCUGCAGCAGCAGAUCCAGGAGGGCACCUACUCUGGGAGUUGCUACCACCGAGACGGACUGCGGCUGAGUAUCCAGUUUGAAGUGAAACGCGUGGAGCUCCAGGGCUCUGCAACCCUGUUCUGCUGCUGGCUGGUGAAGAACCUCUUGCAGAGCCACCGCAACUCAGCCACCAGGACCCGCCUGCUCAUCGCCAGCCUGCCCAGCUCCACCCACUCCAUGAGCGAGCUCCCUGGACCCAGCCUCGGGGAGAUGCUCAGAGCCAAGCCCUGGUUUGAGGAGAGCCCCACACCCGUGGAGCUGGCAGAGCUGGCCGCCUGUGAGGGGGAGUACUCCCACAAGUACAGCACCCUCAGCCCGAUUGGAAGUGGGGCCUUUGGGUCUGUCUGGACCGCAGUGGAUAAGGCGCAAAACAAGGAGGUGGUGGUGAAGUUCAUUAAGAAGGAGAAGAUUUUGGAAGACUGUUGGGUGGAGGACCCCAAACUUGGAAAAGUCACUCUGGAGAUCGCGAUUCUCUCCAGAGUGGAGCAUGCCAACAUCAUCAAGGUGCUGGACGUGUUUGAAAACCAGGGCUUCUUCCAGCUGGUAAUGGAGAAGCAUGGCUCUGGCCUGGACCUCUUUGCUUUCAUUGACCGUCACCCUAGCCUGGAUGAGCCCCUGGCAAGCUACAUCUUCCGGCAGCUGGUGUCAGCAGUGGGUUACCUGCGCUCAAAGGGCAUCGUGCAUCGGGAUAUCAAGGAUGAGAACAUUGUGAUCGCGGAGGACUUCACUAUCAAGUUGAUCGACUUUGGAUCGGCUGCCUACUUGGAAAGGGGCAAAUUGUUUUACACCUUCUGUGGAACGAUCGAGUACUGUGCUCCUGAGGUUCUCAUGGGGAAUCCCUACAGAGGUCCGGAGCUGGAGAUGUGGUCUCUGGGGGUCACACUGUACACACUGGUCUUCGAGGAGAACCCCUUCUGUGAAGUGGAGGAGACCAUGGAGGCAGCUAUACACCCCCCACGCCCUGUUUCCCAGGCACUCAUGAGCCUUGUGUCUGGGCUGUUGCAGCCUGCCCCUGAGCAGCGCACCACUCUGGAGAAGCUGGUGAUGGAUCCGUGGGUAACACAGCCUGUGAAUCUGGCUGCUUACACCUGGGAAGAGGUGUGUCGAAUAAGCCAGCCAGAGAGCAGCCUCCUGUCCACUGCAAGUUUGGAGCUGGGCAACAGGAGCCUGAGCGACGUGCCUCGGGCUCGGGGGCUCUGCAGGCUUCCUGCCUCUAGCGAGUCCCCCAGUGGCCAGUGCUGCUUGUGUCCUGAGGACCCCUCCCUACCAGUGGGCUGAACACACACACUUCCUGCUGCUCUUCUUCACUCAGGUUGGAGAAUCAUAGAUUUCAGGUCCUGUCUACUUAAAAGAAAGUAAAUUCUCAAGAAUGGAGCCCAAUUUACCUUCUAAAAGCCCACAUACAACUGGACAAGUGCCACAAUGGGAGCAGGUGUGACUGUUUUCUUAGGUUUAUAAAGUAAACUUGGAGUCCGUGUUUUUUUGUGACCCUGAGAAAGCAUUGUAAUGUACAAUUACUUUAUUAAAGUUCUUUUAUUUGUGA